ACGUGCUUUUGUUUACCAGGAAGAGCCGCGUUUGUUAAAUGAGCUAGCAACUGUACCGCUAUUUAGCCACAACACAGCCGCUUUGAAGUCAUUUAACAAUUAAGUCAUUUAGGAAGCAGUUAGACAAGAAGGAUGUGAUGUUGUCUCGCGCUGUGUCGGAGAAGCUAACGUUGAUUUUAGCUCUUUAGCCCACUAGUGCUAACGCUAGCUAAGCUAGCUCGAACAAUCCUUGCUCUAAUAACAGCUCUGCAUAAAUGUUUAAGGUGACUUAGCGGUUUUAAAAUAUAGCUAAUAUUAGCAGCCAUGCGGUCCUUGAACUACGUUCAGCGUGUCAGCUUGGACUUUACAGGAACUCUGUUUCCUCAUGCGAUCUGUCUGGGAGAUGCAGACAACGACUCGUUGAAUGAGCUGGUCGUGGGGGACACCAACGGAAAGCUGCUCGUCUACAAGAAUGACGACUCCAAACCCUGGGUCACAAGAACCUGUGUGGGCAUGCUGACCUGUGUUGCAGUGGGAGACGUCUGCAACAAAGGAAAGAACUUUGUGGUGGGUGUUGGCGCCGAGGGCUGGUUUCACCUCUUUGACCUGACAGCUGCCUCUGCGAGUAAAUCUGAUUCAUCCAGUCAGCAUGAAUUCACGUCGUUUGAUGACCAGAGGCCCCUCUUCACCCAACACAUUCCUGCAAACACCAAAGUCAUCCUCAUCAGUGACAUCGAUGGAGAUGGCCGCUGUGAGCUGGUGGUCGGCUACACAGACAGAGUGGUGCGAGCUUUCCGUUGGGAGGAGCCGUCUGAUGGUUCAGACCUGGCAUCUGGUCAGCUGGUUCUGCUGAAGAAAUGGCUUCUGGAGGGGCAGGUGGACAGUUUGUCGGUGAACCCAGGUCCUGAGGGUUUACCAGAGCUGAUGGUGUCCCAGCCGGGUUGUGGCUACGCCAUUCUGCUGUGUUCCUGGACUCAACAGGACUCCAGCGGUUCUGGAGAAGACGCCCCCGCCACCCCUGGGAGUGAGGGACCGUCUAGAGAUGUAGUUCUCCAUCUGACCACUGGGCGGAUACACAACAAGAAUGUUUCCACUCAUCUUAUCGGCAGCAUCAGCAAAGGCUCUAAAGAGGAAUCUUCUAAAUGUGGGCUGUUUGCUCUCUGUACUUUAGAUGGGACCCUGAAGUUGAUGGACAGCUCAGAGCAGCUGUUGUGGUCCGUCCAGGUGGAUCAUCAGCUGUUUGCGCUGCAGAAGCUCGACGUCACUGGAGACGGCAGAGAGGAGGUGGUAGCGUGCGCCUGGGACGGUCAAACCUACAUCAUCGACCACAAUCGGACUGUCGUGCGGUUCCAGUUUGAUGAGAACGUCAACGCCUUCUGUGCCGGUCAGUACACAUGUAAGGAGGGUAAGAACAGCCCCUGUCUGGUGUACGUGAGCUUCAACCACAAAAUCUACAUCUACUGGAAGGUGCAGCUGGAGCGCAUGGAGUCCACCAACAUGUUACGGGUCCUGGAGGAGAAACCCGAGUUUAAGAGCCACCUGAAGGCGCUGGGAGUCGAUACUGAGGACCCGGCAGCAGUCAGAGCACUGGUGGCAAAUGUUCUCUACAAGGAUUCACAGAGUUAACACACUGCUGUCUCUGUUUCCCCCCUGACUGUAAAUACUCUGUUAAUAAACACUGAAUAUCUGUCUCCUG